AUGUUCAGGUUCGUGUUCGGGUUGGGGUUCGGCAGGCUCAGCACUCCGUAUCCUGUUGCUACUGUGGCUGUAGUCUAUUCGCAGCUGUCGCCCGUAAGGCGAUUUGUGUUUGAGUAUAUCAAAAGCUAUUUCGGCACUUUCAAUAUCAACAAAGUCGGCAUGGGCGAAACCCCUUGCCUGCCCGGUCCGUCUGUCAACGGCGACACGGACAUCAAUAACGUUAUUUAUGUCUCUGAAAAGUUCAUUAAGGUCGCGAUCAGUCAUUUCAAAUGA